AGACAUGGCUAAGGUGAUGAGCCUAGAUUGUAGAAAUUCAGUUUCUAGUAUCUGUUUAGCCAUCAGCAGAGAGGUUUCUUGGAGAAACGCCUAACAUUGAGCUGUGAAUGUGUAUGCAACUCUGCUCCACUGGAACUUACAGAUAAGUAACGUAUAGAUUUUUACCUGACACUUGAGCCAGGGGGUGUGGCUAAGUAAUGUGUGAUGUAUCCUAUGUAAAUGAGGGGACGUUCAGCCCCCAGUCAGAACUCAUCCGAUUCUCACCGAGAUGUGAGCUUUGUAUGUUUUCUCCAUUUGCAAAUGUUAAUUAAAGCUGUUUGUUCUCUUUUAAAGCUGAAGUUUGGUCUCGAAUUUUGUGCAACUUAACAGCACCUCACUUUCUGGGUUGGAUUUUUAAGCCUGAAGAGGACUUGUGUGAAAUCCUGCCCCCUGUGGUGGGAGCGCGAACUGCAGCCAGAGAGGAUCCGUUCAUUUCAGAUCGAUUUCUCUGAUCCUCUGCUGGUCUCUGUGGUCCAGUUCCUCCUCCUACGGUCCGGUUCUGCUCGGAACGCCGGAACCAGGCGGCCUGACCGAACGGAGAUGCCGGUUCGGAUCCCGGACGACUCGGACUUCUCCUCCUUUAAGGAUCAGUGUCUGAGUCCGGACGGAUGGAGCAGCCGGUACCACAAGGGCGGAGUGACGGUUUGGUGCCGCGAGCAGGACAGCAGCUCGGUCCAGAAGAUCAAGAUGAGGAUCGUGUGCAAAGAUGUGACGGCAGAGACGCUGUACGACGUCCUCCAUGACACCAGCUACCGUAAGAAGUGGGACACCAACAUGAUCGACACCUACGACAUCGGCAGACUGACGGUCAACGCAGACGUGGGAUAUUACUCCUGGAAAUGCCCGACGCCUCUGAAGAACCGAGACUUUGUGACGAUGCGAUCUUGGCUUCCGCUCGGCAGCGACUACAUGAUCAUCAACUACUCCGUCAAACACCCGCAACAUCCUCCUAAGAAGGACUAUGUCCGAGCCGUGUCUCUGCUGACGGGCUACCUGAUCCAAUCCAACAGUGCUGCCAGCGCCACCCUCUACUACCUGACCCAGGUGGACCCCCGAGGCUCUUUACCAAAGUGGGUCGUUAACAGAGUCUCUCAGUUCGUGGCUCCGAAGGCCAUGAGGAAGAUCUACAAGGCAUCUCUGAAAUACCCGGAGUGGAAGCGGAAACACGACCCGACCCUGAAGCCGUGGAUGUACCCGGAGCAGAACACGCUGCCCUCCGUCAGCCCGGCGGACCUGACGCUGCAGCGGGCGGACUCUCUGGAGAACAUCGACGAGAGCGGCGUGAGCGAGGAGAAGGCGCAGCACAGCGACGACGAGGAGACCUAGGAGUUUGUCUUCACUGAGGGACUGUCCUCCUCUCACCGGCUGGCUGUUGGUUUGCUUGACCACGUCCAGCUGGAGACGUUUCCCAGUCCUCCAGUGUCUGUCCCUGUCCUCUGCCUCCACCCAUUCUGUCCACACGCUGACCUCUGAAUGACCAAACUGUCCGCUGACCUCUGUCUACACCAGGGGUGUCCAAACUUUUUAUCCUGUAGGUCAAAAGUAUUAAAUAGGCCACAAAAUAAAGCAAAUACUCAUCCAAUAUUUUUGUAGGUUGUUCGCUGUAGAUCCAAACAUGAAAGGAUUUUGCUGUAAAAGAGAAACAUCUAGUUUACAAAUUAUUUUAUAGCAAAUUGAUUCUCAGUUAUAGGAACAGGAUGUUUUCACUUUCCUUCAAAACAAAUGAAUAAAUAAAAAAGCUGAUUUUGAUGCAACAAAGUCGGCUUUUCAGUGAAAGUCUGUAGAAAAACGUGGCUCUACUAAUUAUAAAACUUUGUUAUAAAAACACUAAUACUGUGUCGUACUUAUUUUUUCCAUUGUAAGAAAAUCGUCAUUUUCAAUGAUAAUUGAUUACAAACAAAAAGUCUUCAUCUGCGCCAGCCGGGUCACAAAAAUUCAGAUGUAGGGCCACAAAUGGCCCCGGGCCGCACUUUGGACACCCCUGGUCUACGCCAUGUUCAGGCUGCCUGUCCUCUCAGCUUCUCAACCUUUGACCUCAGAACCCCUAAGCUCCAGGUUUUCUAAUGAAGCGUUUUGAUCAUAUUUUCCCAAACUGUAGUUUUGUUCCAGUGAUCUUCUAGUUUAAAUUCAAUCCUAAUAAAUUAUAAUCAGUAAAUAAUUAUUUUGUAGAUCUUUCCAGACUUCCUGUGAAAUUUAAGGAUGCUUCAUGUGUUGAACUGAAACCGCUUUAAUGAAUGAAACUGAAACAUUUUUUACCUCUAAGACCAAAUUAAACUGUUAUUGAUUAGAAAGCUGAUCAGUUCGAUACGCGUGUGAUCAAUAAAGGUUCCUGUACCUCUGUC